AUGCAAGAACUUGUGAGAGGUUUUAUGAGGAAUGCAAGAAUGUUGGUGAAAGACGAAGACAAGGGAGGAGAGAUCCAUGUGGUUCAUAAGACAGAAUAUCCAUUUAGUGAGUGGAAGCUAAAGACUCUCGGUGAGAAAGAAGGUUUAGAUUUGGUCAGUGAGAUUGAGUUUUGCCUAAAUCAUUAUCCUGGUUAUUCCAACAAGAGAGGAAGUAGAGGUUACAAUGACUCUAGCUUCCCUGUUGGAAAAUCAUCUACCUUCAUAUUUAAGAAACAGUUCUUUUAUUAA